AUGUCGAACACGCCGGUGGUGGAUUAUCCUCUGCAGCAGCCGCCGCCAAUGGUGAUGGAGCAGCAGCAAGCGUACGCGAGCCGUACGGCGCACGGGUCGGUGGGACCCGUGAUUGGGGUUCUUGCGGUGAUUGCUGUUCUCGGGGCAAUAGCGGUCAUGAUCGGCAGAUUGUGUUCCGGGCGCCGAAUCAUGGGUCGUGGCCAGUACGAUUUCGAGAGCUGGGUGGAGACCAAAUGCGCGUCUUGCAUUGACGGCCGGGUCGACCCGCCGCCGCCACCGCGUCCCGCGGUGGCGGCGGCGGCGGCGACUCCCCCGCCGGCCCCCGAGGCGGAAGAAGCUCCCCAAGAAAGCAAGGAAGAAGCGGCGGCGGCGGCGGCCGAGGAACAGAAUAAUGAUUCACGCGGAACAGCUAAUUCUUGA